AUGCCACCCCGACGUUCUGCUGCAGCAGCCGCCGCCGCAGCCGCAGAGGCCGAGGCUGCAGGAAUGAUGGAGUCACCAGUCAAGACCAAGUUCCCAACCGCCCGCAUCAAGCGCAUAAUGCAGGCCGACGAGGAGGUCGGCAAGGUUGCCCAGCAGACGCCCAUCGCGGUCGGCAAGGCCCUCGAGCUGUUCAUGGUGCAGCUGGUGACCAAGAGCGCCGAGGUCGCCCGCGAGAAGAACUCAAAGCGCGUCACCGCCGCCAUGCUCAAGACCGUCGUCGAGGCUGACGACCAGUGGGACUUCCUGCGGGACAUCGUGAGCAAGGUCGAGCACGACAAGGACGGCUCCAAGGCCAAGGCCGCCAAGACAGAGAGCAGCGAUACCGAGGACGAGGUCGAGCCCAAGAAGAGGAGGGGCGGUCGCAAGAAGAAGGCCGCUUAG